CUAUCAGCCUCAAGGACACUGAGCAGAAGAGUGUGGAAAAGUAACCAGCAGGACAAGGGUGUUGUGUGGUUGGACGGUUGCUGAGCCUGUUUGCUGAUCUAUUUAUAAACACCUGAGAAUGGAUCUAGUGCUUUGGACCUUGUCUAUGACGCUGGCUCUUGUGGUGGGCUUGUUUGUGUUGUUGGUUUCUGGGGUGAUUUAUACUGUAUUCACUGAGCCGGUACUGCCACCGGGUAUCCAGGGGCCCGGUAAACUCAGGCUCAUCUACGGCUUGCAAGUGGCAAUUGGCACUUUGGGAAACAUCGCACAGAACCUGGGGUUGGGACCACAGGUCACUGUUGUUCGGUACAUACACACCAAGGUCCUCAGGAGAAAGAGCAAGAAGGAGACUGGGCUGAUCAUCCAGGAUGUCCAGUUUGAUGGCGUCCCUGUCAGGGUUUACCAACAGAGACAAGCUUUGGCGGAGGAAAGGUGUGGGAUCUUGUUCUUUCAUGGCGGUGGAUGGACGUUUGGCAGCAUAGAUGAAUAUGACCAUUUGUGCCAGUACAUCGCCAAGGAAACGGAUUCGACUGUGGUGUCUGUGGAGUACCGCCUUGCCCCAGAGCACAGAUACCCCACUCAGCUCGAAGACUGCCUAAAUGCCACUUUGCAUUUCCUCAAGACCGCUGGUGAUUACGGAGUUGACCGCACCCGGAUUGUUGUAUGCGGGGAUAGCGCUGGGGGCAACCUGGCUGCUGCCGUCUGCCUGAGAGUCACCUCCAUGAAAGAGAGCUUGGAUUUGCCAUCCCUCCGUGCCCAAGUCCUGAUCUACCCAGCCCUCCAAAUGGUCGACUUCAAUCUGCCUUCCUACCAACAAAACCAAUAUGUGCCCCUCCUCUUUCGAACACGCAUGGUCUUCUUCUACCUGCAGUAUCUGAACGGUGACAUGUCCUUAGCAGAAGAUGUGUUGUCAGGUCGCCACCUGCCUGUGGAACUCAAAACUAACUACAGGAGGUGGCUAAAGCCAGAUCUGAUCCCGGCCAAGUUUCAGGUCGGAGGUCACAAGCCCAACCUUGCCCUAAUGCAUGACGAUGAUGUUUAUAAUCUUGUGAAGCCCAGCUUAGAGCCAACAUUCGCCCCUCUCCUUGCCAGCGAUGCUGCCAUUGGCAAGCUGCCACCUGCGUACAUUUUGACCUGUGAGUUUGAUGUACUAAGGGAUGAUGGAUUGCUUUUCAAGAAGCGGCUAGAGGACAAUGGUGUUCCAGUUUCCUGGUACCAUGUUGAAGAUGGCUUCCAUGGGAUAAUCAGCUGCUUUGACAAUGGCUACUUGACCUUCUCAUCUGGGAGACAGGCUGUUGAUGACAUUGUCUCCUUCCUUGUAGACAUAUAGGGCUGGGUUUUCCAAGGAAUGACAGUUGGAGUCAGGUUGUCACUCUAUUCCUUCUUUUUUCCAUUCAUACAGAGCUUUGCGUUCCUGGCAGGGGAUUCCAAUUAAUGCCUUCAGAAAUACUAAUCAUCCUUGCAAUUUCGCAGCUCUCUUGUGGGGUAGGAUUAUUACAGGGAGUCAAACCAUGCACACUUUUUCAGGGCACUUGGAGCUUUACUCUGUGAUUGAUAUUUUAAAAGUCCCGCAGCAAGGCUAGUCACUUCAAUCACUUUUAUUGAAGGGUAAACAUACAAGAUCAGUAGGUAGGUUAGGGUGCCAAGUAUGCAGAGCGCCAGAUGAAUUAGGUGCCAGGGCAAAAGCCAACUAGCGAAAGUUGUAAAAGAUUAAGGUAGGAUGGUGUGGGAAGGAGUAUCAGGCCUGGCAGUGAGAUAGCAAUGGAGGAAGGAGUUGUCAUGUGGGUUGGAGUUGAUGUGUCUUCUAGCAGAGUUAUGGGGCUUUCAGGUUUUGGGGAGAAGGGAUGAGUGUUGUGCUCAGGGGGUUUAGGGCAAAUGGAGGAAUGUUGGGCUGUAGGAGAAGGAAAUUGGAAUUGGCAGAUGGGGGUUGCAGAGAGAUGGUGUGCUAUGUCUGGUGGCCGGAGAAAGUGUUGAGUCCGGGGGCAGGUGUCCUGGGUGGAGGGGUGCGAAGGUAGGUUGGCACCUGGGAUGGAUUUGGGAUGCCUGUGUGCAACACAACUCUCCAGUUUCUGAAUCAGUCCACUAUCCCCACUCCUAACUCUCAAAUAAUUUCCAGUCCAAGGCUACUGUAAAUUUUGCGUGUAAUCAUCUUUGUGGGACCACAUGCUGAAUGAUAUCUGGGAAUGUUUGUCUGUGUGUGUGUGUGUGUGUGUGUGUGUGUGUGUGUGUGUGUGUAUGAAAGAGUGUGUGUGAAACAGUGCAUGAUUGUGUGUGUGUGUUAGAGUGUGUGAUUGAGUGUGCGUGCAUUCGUGUGUAUGAGUGUGAAUGUGUGUGUGUGAAAAUAUGUGAGCGUGUGUGUGUGUGAGUAUAUGUGAGCGUGUGUGUGUAUGUGAAUAUGUGAGAGUG